AUGAACAAGCCCGUGACGACCUCAACGUACGUCCGCUGCAUCAGCUACGGGCUCAUGAGGCGGCUGGCAGAUUUCAUCGAUCCGCAAGAAGGGUGGAAGAAAUUAGCAGUCGAUAUAACCGACCCGUCCGGUGAAAGCAGAUACAACCAAAUGCAUAUAAGGAGAUUUGAGGCAUUUGUACAAAUGGGAAAAAGCCCCACAUGUGAAUUGCUGUAUGACUGGGGAACAACAAACUGUACAGUGGCUGAUCUUGUGGAUCUGCUGAUCAGGAAUCAAUUCCUAGCACCAGCAAGCCUUUUGCUUCCAGAAGCUGUAAAGGUGGCACAGGAAGUUACCUUCCCUCUUUCUUCACAGGAAACCAUGCCUAUACAUGAGAAACAACUGCCUGUACAGGAAAAAGAAGUGGCAUCUCUAAAGCCUAUUUUAGUUCAGAGUACUGAGAAGCAACAGUCAGCUCCUUCCUACUUCAGUCAAGAAAAUAGCAGCUCACAGUCCAGUAACACAGAUUUCCAUAAUUUCUCGUUUCACGACUUGGAAAGCAUUACAAAUAAUUUUGAUGCGCGACCAGAAUCAGCUGGAGGUAAUAAACUGGGAGAAGGUGGCUUUGGUGUUGUGUUCAAAGGCUACAUCAGCGGCAAAAACGUGGCUGUCAAGAAGCUCGUUGCUAUGGUUGAUGUUAGUGUUCAGGACUUGAAACAGCAGUUUGAUCAAGAAAUAAAACUGAUGGCAAAGUGUCAGCAUGAGAAUCUGGUAGAGUUGCUUGGUUUCUCCAGUGAUGGUGCUCAGCCGUGUCUGGUGUACGAAUACAUGCCCAACGGUUCGUUGCUUGACAGACUUGCUUGUCUGGAUGGCACUCCACCAAUUUCUUGGAAUAUCAGAUGUAAAAUCGUUCAAGGGACAGCAAAUGGCAUCAACUUUUUGCAUGAUAAUAAUCAUAUUCACAGAGAUAUUAAAAGUGCAAAUAUCUUAUUAACUGAUACAUACACGCCCAAAAUUUCUGACUUUGGACUUGCAAGAGCGUCUGUAACGUUCACACAAACAGUCAUGACUGAAAGAAUUGUUGGAACAACCGCCUAUAUGGCACCUGAAGCUCUGCGAGGAGAAGUAACACCCAAAUCUGAUAUCUUCAGUUUUGGAGUAGUCAUACUAGAAAUAAUAACGGGUCUUCCUCCAGUAGAUGAAAAGCGUGAGCCACAGUUACUGUUAGGUAUCAAGGAUGAAAUUGAGGAUGAGGAAGCAACUGUUGAGGAUUAUGUUGACAGGAAGAUGAAUGACUGGGAUGUACCUUCAGUUCAUAAAAUGUAUUCAGUUGCUGAUCAGUGUCUGCAUGAGAAAAAAAACAGAAGGCCAGACAUUAAGAUGGUCCAACAGCAUCUACAAGAGAUAAAAACUUGA